CUGUCUCUUCCCCUCCCUGCUUGCUGUCCCUCUCUCUCUCAUAUAAAUAGAUAAAAUCUUUAAAAAAAAAAAAAACACAAGAAAAUAUAAGUUGGGCUUGAAAAUUAAAGACUUAAAGACUUGCUCUUCAAAAGGUGUAUAUAUGGAAAGGCAAUUCAGAGACUGAUAAAAUAUUUGUAAAACAUCUAGACUUGUUUCUCGAAUAUGUAAGGAGCUCUCAGAACUCAAUAAUAAGACAAACAACCCAGUUUUUUAAUUUGGCAAAAGAUCUGAACAGACGUUUCACCAGAGAAGGUGCACACAUGGCAUCAGGCACGAGUGGUGCUUGGCAUCGUUAGUCGUUAGGAAAAUGGGAAAUUAAAGCCACAGUGAGAAUCAUCAUGUACCCACUAGAACGGCUAGAAGUUAGAAAUCCGACCCUAUGGUGUGUGGGUAAGGGUGUGCUGCUGUUGGGCACGUGAAACAGGACCGUUGAUUUAGAAAACAGUCCAGCACGUGUUUUUUAAGCUGAACAGACCUUGGGUCCAUACGAGACGGCACAGACCUGUUUCUACUUGCCCCUCUAGGUCAGAACCACUAUAAACCAUGGGCAUAACUAAAGACAACCAAAGGAGAAGUCUGGGAAGUGGCAGCAGAGACCCAGCACAAGCCCCGGGAAGCCUCGUUCUUCCCCAGGAAACCCCUUCUCCCAGAGACCCCGCAUCCCAGCCUGUGGGUGAACCUCGGGAUAGACAGGGCAUUGGUGUCUUUGAAGGACGUGACUGUGGCCUUCAGCCAGGAGGAGUGGCAGCACCUGACCCCACACAGAGGACCCUGUACACGGACGGGAUGCUUGAGAACUGCCACCGCCUGGCUUCUGUGGGGUGUCCAGUUCCUCCAGCAGAUGUGAUCUUCAAGUUGGAGUGAGAAGAGCCAGGGAUGGAUGAGGGGAGAACUGCAGGUGAUCCCUGCUUAGGUGAGUAUGGGUCAGACACAGGGGAGAGAGGGAACUCAAACUCCGGUGAGCGAGGAAGAGGCUGGCCUUUCUGAGUGUGACCUCGGCCUUUUAAGACUCCAAGCAAGAGUAUCACAGAAAUCCCGUGACCCUCAGGUGCGUAUCUCUCCCAGCAGCUGCCUCCCGGCUUGAGCAGCAGGUGACGCUCUCACUGACGCCAGAGCUCACUUUGGGUCUUCUCACCAGGCUGUGCCUUUGUGGCCUGUCGCUGUCCCCCCGACACCCCUAUUUUCCCUCAUUCAUGCUGUGAGUUUAGAUUCAUCCCUUUGUGCACUGAGGCCCCAAGGGAUCUACCUUCUUUCCAAAUUACUGUGUGAUACUCCUCUUCCUCAGUCCCUUUGCAUCUCUGUCAAAGUGACCCUCUUACCACUUGCCAUCCUCAACUCUUACAACUGUUGUGACGUUGUUAAAAUAACAUCUGUAAAGUAGAACCCAGACUGUACAGUGGUGAGCUGCAUCCAACCAAGGCCACAAAGGAAUCUAAAUGGAGACGUUUACUACUCACAAGCCUUGGAGGAGACACACACAGACCUUGAGGGGCCUUGCUGUGUGGACAAGGCAGGAUGCAGGCAGAGCCAGCACAACAGAACCUGGGGUUCAUGCCUUUUUAGGGUCUGUGAGUGCUUUGGGGUUUCUGGGUUAGGGCUGGCUUUGGUAAGUUUUCGGGAGGGAGGGAGUUCUUAUGUAAGCGGUACG